AUGCGCUCAAACUUCCUCUCCGGUUCUGGCAGCAAAUCCCGCCAUUUCUCUGAUAUCCUUGAGGCUAUCUGGACGGCCGACGAUGGUCUUCCUCCACCUGAAGACAAGGAACGGUCGUUGAGCUUCUCAUACACUGCCGAAUUCUCCGACAUCGGUUACGCCCGACCAGCCCUCUCGACGUUUGCUGUACGGAUUGUCCGGGAGGAACUCAAGAGAGAACGCAACUCUGCAGUCAAGACAUCGAGCGGGCUUCACACAUUGGUAAAAUCUGGACACGGUGCUACAGAGACCACUUGGGAGCAUCUCACCGCCAGUACUAUCGCCGGUGCAUCGCGGAUACUUCGUGCCCAUCAGCCCCUCACCUGGAAUUUCAUCGAGGACCUAUCGACACCCAAGUCUCGUGGUUCUAACGUUAUCGUACAGUAUCGGUAUCGGCCUCCCGCAAUAGCUACAGCGCAUGUCUUGAGCUUCAUCAAUUUCACUCACAACUCUCACGCGAAGCUCCUUCCCCUUCUGCUUGGGAUCUUCUUCUUCUCAUGCCGGGCAAACCGCGAGCUAUUUGCACUUGGAAGCCGUGUUGGACUGAUCACAAGCUACACUGGCACCAUUCUCGCACUCCGACGGAUGGCCGCCUACGCUGCCAAACAUAUCAAGGAGCUUGGUACCAGUCCCGUCUCGGCUCUUGCGCUUCUCAUUGACAACACCCAAAGCUACGCCCGCGCACGCUCUAUGAGGAUGGGCACCACCGACAGGAUGAUUGUUGGAACAGCAGCAACUGCGUAUGAGCUCGAAGAUUGUGAUUUGCAGGCCCUAGAUCUCGACGACAAGCUUGCACGCAUAGCCGAGAAUAAACGGAAGGACUUCACUGUGGAGAAGCUUGUGCGGAUGACCGACAUGGACUUGAUUCAGAAGGCAUGCUCGAUGCAGUGGCUCCAGAUUCUCAUCCGCUAUAUUCCGGAGCUUUCUUCCCGGUACAAGGACGAGGCUGCUCAGGAAUACGACAAGAUCGUGGCUCCACAUCGUCCGAGAAAAAUACGCAAAACCAAAACACAUCCUCUCGCUCCUAAUGGCCGCAACGAAUCGGUCACUUCUGAAUUACUUCUUGGUCUCAAGCACUUCCUCUCUCAACUUGGUCAUACCGAAGACGACCAGCUAAGACGCCUGAUUCCUGUCGGCGGAGACGGCCUAACCUACGAGAGACUGGUGCAGCUGAAGAAGUACAUGCAGCUUCAUCCUGAAGCGGCUCAACGGAUGGAUCACAUCGAACCAUUCCUCCAACUAUGGCACACUGCGUGGACGGAUGUUAGCCGUAUCUUUGAGUCUCACUGGGAUAGUGAUCUCUCAGACGACCCUUCUUCCCUUGGUCACAGUGCCACCAAGAUUGGGCGCAAGGCGCCUUCAAACCUGAAAAAGGUUGACUACUAUCCCGCAAUCGAUACCGCAUACUUGGUAUUAGAUGUUCGCGUCCUAGAUUGCUGGAGGCUUCACUUUGGUACCGAGGAUCUGUUCUUGUACUUUACCAAAUUAGAAGAACAAGACAAGAUCCCCUCAUUUGAGUCCCUGCUCUCUGCGGCAUCGACAUUAUGGGGGCGCUAUGCGUCUCCUCGAUCUUUCAUCAAAGUAUUCCGUGGAGGAAGCAACGAAACUAGUCACGGAAACAUCCCUCACGGAUCCCCGUGGCAGUCCCCACAGAUGCCUACAGCCGAUCACAUCUCUGAACCUCGUGGAGAGUCUAGCAAGCCAAAGCGGCAGGCGAAGAAGAAGGAGUGGGAGGCUGAUGCGGACCGUCCACAUCCGCAAGGUGAUACAGCAUGUGGAAGGUCUAUGCGGUUUCUCUGGGAUGCAUCUAUAUCACGCGAAAUGGCAAUGGCAACUGCUGCUGGAGCGAUUGGAAUUGUGUACGAGUGCGUGAAGCUUCUACUAUUGAGCUUUGCCGGCUCGACACAUACAAAAUACGCGGUAUAUCUCCUUGAAAUGAUCUGCAACCAUGAGGACGAGAGCAGUACGGCACUCCAACAGUUGAUGCUCAACAACUGGCUGGUCAAUCCAAGCGGAGAAUCGGGCCGUUGGAUGGAAGGUGAUCUCUACCAGGAGCACCUGAAUGGUCUCCUCGAGCAGCAUAAUUCGAAGAAUCAUGACUUUGACUCCAAACACAUGCAGGAAACGGUUGGGCGCAACAUCGCACAUUUCUAUGACUUACAGCGUGAAAUGCGGGAAGGUGCACAGCUCAAGCCACGAGGAUGGAAACACACCAAUCCCCACACACGCCCAGAGGUCCGGACCCUACUUGACAUCUACAAGACAACGGAACUGCACACGUUCAGACCGGGAAGGUCAUACGAACGUCAUGGCCGAGAGGUGAACGAUCUGGAGCGCGGAAUGAGGAUGCUUCGUGAAACCAAGAUACCCGCUUGGAUUCAUGAUACAUUCCGAGGACGAGACAUUGCAGAGGGAAAGCUUACCUUUUCAGUGGAGCCAUCCCAACGUCAAGAUAUCGUGGACGAUUUGGAAGCACUGGAAGAUGAGUACAUACCACAGACAGCAGGACGGCUCAUUGUACGUGAUGGUGAGUUGUUUGUUGAGAUUGAUGAUAGUGGAUUGGAAGAGGAGGUUGUCGAAGAGAUAGAUGGAGAAGUAGAUACGUAG